AUGGACCGAGAUGAGAUCGAACAAACCCUGCGCCGGAAGCGUAAGCCACAGGAGAAGGCUUGCUAUCCUUGCCACAGGCGCAAGGUCCGUUGCAAUCAUGGCCAACCGUGCAGCACAUGUGAGAGGCGGGGCCACCCCGAAAUCUGUUCCUACUCCUUCGGCCUGACUGCAGCGACCAAGCGUCAUGAUAGACGAUCUAGGCUUGAAGUUGAUAAUCCUCUGCAAGCUACACCAGUGACUGAAUCCGCUAUCUCCCGACAAAAUAGCCCCCAAGAGGCCGUAGGCUCGAGCACAGAUAGGAGAAUUUUGUCCUCUUCCACCUUGCUUCGUCCAUCCCUCGACCCUUCAGCUGGCGAAUCUAACGCAGGGAGCCCAUCCAACUUUGCAAAUGGCACCUGUCCGGUUGACGAAGUAACUAUGCCAGCAGAGCUCACAUACGAAGGGGACAACUCUAUCGUUGCCAUGCUACGACAACACGCCAAUGACCUGCCGUCAUCCUCAAGGAUUCGAGAUGCCCGCGUGUUUUUUGGCCUACAAAAUUCCUUUAGCAGCGAUCCUCUGUUUACUCUCCCGACAUUACAGCAGCGAUGGGAGAGCUUACUGAGCCUCUCACCCCAGAAUGAAGAGAUUCAUAGGUUCUUCCCUUCUUACCGGCAUACCGCAUAUCCGUUCAUGCCGUUCCUCGUCGACAUCAACUGCUUUGAACUCCGUAUGUGUAAAUACAUCAAAAGCAGGGCGGCUGGGGAGCUACAGGACAAAUCACAUCUUUCAGAACCAUGGGUCAGUGAUGAAGGCAUUACGUUCGUUGCUCUCCUUCUGGCUACCCUUUCCUGUGGUUCCCAUUUCUCGACCCUGCCCGUCACCCAACGAUGCGAGACAUCUCGAGAUUUUGUGAGACGAGCAUUUCAAGUCCUGCAACUGGCUAACUACAUGUUGCGCCCAUCUCUCAACGCAGUACAGACACUAUUGAUAUUAGGAAAUACGCUUCAGAAUAUUGGGCAAUCCGAUGGCGCCUGGAUUCUAUUAGGGACGACUGUCAGACUGUCGCAGGCGCUUGGGCUACACACCGAGAAUGGUGGUGGCCAAUCUGGACUAGAUAGCGCAAACAGAAGAGCUUUAUGGUAUGUCCACCCAACUCUCGUGGAUGCGAAAAGACACACGCACACGUUGGAACAACGCUUCAUGGCUGCCGUUGUCUGGCAGGACUGCUUUCUGAGCGUAUGCCAUGGUCGGCCGGCCAGCGUUUCGAACGUUCAAGUGCAAAGCUUAUGCCACAGCAACGCUUCCAGGUCUACUCUUUCCUACGUCGAAGUAAUGUGCUCCGUAGCAUAUAUUUGCUUCGAAGUGACGGAAAGCAAACCAGACAUGGAGCGUUCUGUACGUCUCCUGCAAACUAUAGACGAUUGUAGCUCACAUGCGCAACCAUAUCUGCAAAACCGUGAUUCGUGCUGCAACUUACAAGAGCUUCUUGAACACCUUGCGCUGGAGAUUAAUAUCUCGUUUGCUAUCUGUUUCCUAUGUCGACCUGCUAUCAAAAAGUCUACCCCGAUGUCCCAUAGCGACGUCCACCAGUUCCUCGUCACGCGAGCGAAAAAGGGCCUUCAGGAUAUAUUGAAGGCAUUCCUUGAUUUUCAGGCGUUGAGUAUCGUUCCGCAUCGGAACUGGUCGAUGAUUCACUCUGCUCUUACGUCAAUCUUGCUACUCAGCAUCUGGGAGGAGACAAGGAAUGAUUCAAAAUUUCGGGACCUUCAGGGGAGCGUACUCAAAGUUCUCUUGGAAACCAGUCAACGUGAUGCCGAUUUAGACGCAAAUCUCGAGCACCAUUGCCAUAGGACCCAUUGGCUGUCCAGUAGACACGUCCGGGCGCUUAUGAAUUUGCUGGAAACCCUUUGCAACACCUCAUGGUCAACAACAGGAACCUCUCCUAACCCGGCGUCUCACAUGCCUGAACAACAAGGUCCGACAGGAGCCCAAAUAUCGGAUAAUACCUUAUCCACAGGUUUCUGUUCGAUGCCGGAUCAAAUAUCUGCCACACUUGGUCAAAGCGCUAUUCUAUGA